UAUUUAAUGUCUCUGUGUUCCACCCGCCCCGGCGAGCACGUGGGGUAGCGGCUGGAGCUCUGGGCCACCGGGGCCGGAGACCGGGGGGCGGUGGCGGCGCGAGGACCCUGCAUCCGGACGAUCACCGAGGAGCUGGGAUGGGGGAGGAAAGGUGCUGAUGGAAGGGUGGGUCUUGCAGAAAGGACUGGAGACAGAUGGAAGCUCUGGGCGUUUCGGGAUUUUCCUCCCCCGGGGAGAUGCCCAGGACCGGCGCCUGCCUGCCCAUCCGCAGCCACUAACAGAAACCCGGUGGACUUCGCUCCAGGUGUGAUUCUCCCAAGCCUCCAGGAUGGCAAUCCACUUCCGCUCACUGGUUCCCCUGGCCCUGCCUGGGAUGCUGGCACUCAUUGGCUGGUGGUGGUUUCACUCUCGUAAAAAAGAGCACGUCAGCAGCCAUAGCAAGCAGGCGGAGGCCAGUGCCGUGGGCCUGAGGACAGACCCUGCCACCGCAGCCCCGCUCCCCGUGGAAGAUGCCUGUCCUGGAGCAGGGCCCACGACCCCCACUGUCAUGCAGCCGCCAGAAAAGGAACCACCCACCAUGCGUAAGCCUUGCACGGAGCCCCCAGACUUGCUGUGGGCACAUCCAGCCCCCCGGCGAUCAGAGUCCUCGGGCAGCCUUCCCGGUACCAUGGACACAAGAUUUCGACCUGGAACUCGCAAAGACGAUGGUGCUAAGCUGGAGAUAGCCCUAACGUGUGAUGAAGCAAAGUCUAUUCCUCUAGAGUGUCCCCUUCCAUCGCCGAAAGGUGUACCAUUCCCCCAUGAAGCAGUUGAGGCGUGUAAGCGAGAGUCUGUGUACAGCAGGAUGCCAGGGCGAGGCCAGCCAGCCCUGUCUGCAGCCCCCACAGAGAAGCGAGGCCCUGGGGAGAAGGCGUGGGAGACAGGUGGGACAGAAGGGACUGGCGAUGCGGUGUUGGGAGAAAAUGUGCUUGAGGAAGGUGUGAUGUCUCAGCAUGGCUCUGGACUGGAGAACAGCAAAGUGCCCAGCCUGGCACCCUUGAGAGGAGGGGAAGAGAACGGGAAAACUAGCCUGGCUCAGGUGGUGGGGACAGUGCAGAAGGAAGAGUGCAUAGUCAGGAAGUCGUUAAGUAGCUUCAUCGAGUCGGCUCACACCGAGCGGGAUGAGGAUGAUGAGAAGUCGGGACUCCAGGUCAGAGGUGGCACUCACCAGGACAGAGACCUUGUAGAAGAACAGUGCAAAGACGAGAUCUUGGUUGGAAAUGAGAAGAUUGAGCAGGUUGCCAUCCAGAUCAUCUCCAAAGUGAUCUUGGAAGCAACUGAAGAAGUGCUGGCCAUCACAGCGGACAAGAUUGCGGGUCAGAAGCAUCAGACCUCAACCAGUCAGCUCCAAGGGCAAAAGGAGGAGAGCUGUGCUCCAGACAGCCAGACAGCUGUCCCACAGCAGGAUGCCACAGAACCCACUCCGGCCACAGCAGUGGCAGCCACGGACGUGUUGUCUGCUGCGCCCCCUUCCUCAGACCCGCCAGCAGAGGACCUGUCACCACCAAAGACCCACGUGAGCUGCCUGAACAGCCCCCUGUCCAGCCCCACUGAGGACAGUACGCCAAAGAACUCCGUACACCCCGUCUCCCUGGCUGCCUGCCCACCACUUUUGGCCCCUCUUGGAGAGUCGCUGGAUGAGGCAGGCACCCUGGUGGAAGAUGCUGGCGGCCUCCCCUGCAUGUCGGACAGCAGCCAGGGCGUCCCUUCAGUGGUCUCUUCGGGGCCAUGCUCAGAUUCUGCCAGCACCUCAGGGCUCGAUGACUCUUGCACAGAGACCAACUCAAGCCCCAGGGACAAGGCCAGCACCCUGCCACUGCCAAAAAGUACUUUGCCCUUCAGCAAUGGGGUGCUGUCAGACUUGGGGGCGGAGGAUGGAUGGACCAUGGAUGCAGAAGCAGAUCAUUCGGGAGGGUCGGACAGGAACAGCAUGGACUCUGUGGAUAGCUGUUGUGGCCCUAGGAAGCCGGAAGGCUUCCAGAGCGUCCAGGCAGGCUCCGAUCCUAAGAAGGUAGACCUCAUCAUCUGGGAGAUCGAGGUGCCAAAGCAUUUAGUUGGCCGGCUAAUUGGCAAGCAGGGGCGGUACGUGAGCUUUCUGAAGCAAACAUCUGGUGCCAAGAUCUACAUUUCAACCCUACCUUACACACAGAACAUCCAGAUCUGCCACAUAGAAGGCUCUCAGCAUCAUGUGGACAAAGCACUGAACCUGAUUGGGAAGAAGUUCAAGGAACUGAACCUCACUAAUAUCUAUGCUCCCCCACUGCCUUCCCUGGCACUGCCUUCUCUACCAAUGACUUCCUGGCUCAUGCUCCCCAGCGGCAUCACUGUGGAGGUAAUCGUGGUCAACCAGGUCAACGCCGGGCACCUGUUUGUGCAGCAGCACACACAUCCCACCUUCCACGCGCUGCGCAGCCUGGACCAGCAGAUGUACCUCUGCUACUCACAGCCUGGAAUCCCCACCUUGCCCACCCCAGUGGAAAUCGCGGUCAUCUGUGCCGCCCCCGGCGCGGAUGGUGCCUGGUGGCGAGCUCAAGUGGUGGCCUCCUAUGAGGAGACCAACGAGGUGGAGAUUCGCUAUGUGGACUAUGGUGGAUAUAAGCGGGUGAAAGUAGAUACGCUCCGGCAAAUCAGGUCUGACUUUGUAACACUGCCAUUCCAGGGAGCAGAAGUCCUUCUGGACAGCGUGAUGCCCCUGUCAGAUGAUGACCACUUUUCACCUGAAGCAGAUGCAGCUAUGAGCGAGAUGACAGAAAAUGCGGCACUGCUUGCUCAGGUGACAAGUUACAGUCCAAUUGGCCUUCCUCUGAUACAGCUGUGGAGUGUGGUUGGUAAUGAAGUGGUGCUGAUCAACCGGUCUCUGGUGGAACGGGGACUUGCUCAGUGGAUAGACAGCUACUACACAAGCCUUUGACCCCAGCCCUCCGACAGCCGCUUGAGUCUUUUGCACUGUUAAAAUUGGGCUUGGCACUCGAGGCAAAGACUUUACAUCCGAAUAACAAACAUUGUCUUCCAGAAAGUCUUUUUUUUUUUUUCUUCCCCGUACUGUAAUCAUAUCGAAGAAGUUUUCAUCUCGAAGAAAAAGAGGGAACUGUGUGUUCUUUUCACAUCCAUAGGAUGGUAUUUAACAAGACAAUUAGUUUGUUUAACCUGAUUCCAAACUGUAAAAAAAAAAACCUCAACUAGGCUAUUCUAUUCCCCAUCCAUUCCAUUCCCCACCUUUUUCCUUCCCAUCCUCACCAAAAAAAUGGUAUUUCUGCACUUAGCACACAGGCAAAGAAGGUGUGUUGCUUGCCUGAGAGGGUUUCUUUGACUUCAGAGUCUUCCUUGCACCGUCAGGCAGUGAGGCAUGAACUGACCCACUGGUAUCAGUGAUUUGCACAGCUCACUAAAUGAACUUACGGUAUUUAACUAUUUUUUUUUUUUUUUUUUUUAUCAAUUUCAUCUAGGUCUCUAGGAACACAAACUUUUUAAACGCAGAUGUAAAUAUGAAGCAAUCAUCACCUCUCUGGCCUCCUCGACCAGUUGUGGGGGUGGGGAGGGAGAACUGUUAUCCUACCAAGCCUGGUUGUAAUUUGUAACAUUUUCUAUUUGUGCAAAAUUUGUAAAUAUGUGUUCAAAAAUGUAAUAUUUUGUACAAGAUACACUGGAGAAGAAAGGGAACUCAAGAUUUUGCCACACCAAGUGUCAUCUGAAAGUAGAAGUUAAUCCUUCAGAGUACAGCUGCCGAUCCCACCUCUUCUUGCUGAGCCCCUGCGGCUUCCUGUAAACCGACAGCAUGACUGUAUGGCACAGACUGUGGUCAAGGGGUCUUUGGGCUGUACAGAUUUGUAAAAAGCAACUCGUUGAAUUACCUUGCA